AUGAAGAAGAACAAUAGAUUGUCGAAAAAACUUCAAAGUCUCAAACUUUGCGGUUGUUCGUUAACGAACAAAACUAAAUCUGAUAAAGAAGACUCGUAUCAAAAAAAGGUGCUUAAUUCGUUUUUAUUUUAAUUUCAUUUUUUUCUUAGUUAAAAAAUUAUUUUUUCAGGAUCAAACUAAAGAUAAAAGAAAAAUGAGCCUUAAACCAUCAUCGCCGGAAAUCAAAAAAGCCGCGCAAGAAUUUGUGUCAUAUCUCAAUAAAGCUGUCACUCCAUUUCAUGCAGUUGAAGAGAUCAAAACUCGUCUAACCAAAGCGGGAUUCCAAGAAUUAGAUGAGAAAAAUACAUGGGAUAUCAAGCCAAAAACCAAAUAUUUUGUAACCAAAAAUCGAUCGGCUAUCUUGGCUUUUGCUGUUGGAGGAGCUUAUAAACCAGGAAAUGGAUUCUCGAUUGUUGUUGGACAUACUGACAGCCCAUGUCUUCGUGUUAAACCAAUCUCAAAACAAACCAAAGAUAAAUUUUUGCAAGUUGGAGUUUCAACAUAUGGUGGAGGUAUUUGGAGAACAUGGUUUGACAGAGAUUUGACUGUUGCUGGACAAGUUAUUGUAAAUACAUCAACUGGACUUGUUCAUAAAACAAUCGAUGUUAAAAAACCAAUUCUUUUCAUUCCAAAUUUGGCAAUUCAUCUUGAAACUGAUCGAACAACUUUUAAACCAAAUACUGAAUUGGAACUUCGACCAAUUUUGGAGACAUUGGCGGCUGCUGGAAUUGUUGGAAAAACUAAUGAUGAACCAUCGACUGAUCCAAGAAAUAUUGUCAGCAAUCAUCAUAUUCAAUUUUUGGAAGUUAUUGCUAAAGAAGCUGGAUGUAAACCAGAAGAAAUUGUUGAUUUGGAUUUGUAUCUUUAUGAUACUCAACCAGCGGUACGUUUGAAAUAUUUUCCAAUAGUAAGAAUUGUACCCUAAAUUUUAAAGAUCAUCAGAUCCGUUCCUUCAGAGGUUAUAUGCUAACUUGAAAAAUGAACCAAAUUUUAUUUUUAGGCAGUUGUUGGAGUUGAAGAGGAGUUUAUCGCCGGUGCUCGCCUUGACAAUCAAGUUGGAACAUACACCGCAAUAACUGGUCUUCUUACUUCCCUCGAAGAUGCUUCCUUCGAAUCUGAACCAAAUAUCAGAAUCGCCGCAUGUUUCGAUAAUGAAGAAGUUGGAAGUGCAACUGCACAAGGAGCUGGUUCAUCAAUCACUGAAUAUGUUCUUCGUCGAUUGGCUGUUGGUGGAUCAACAACAUCUUUCGAAGAAGCAAUUGCGAAGAGUUAUUUGAUCUCUGCUGAUCAAGCACAUGCUGCACAUCCAAAUUAUUCUGAUAAACAUGAACAAAAUCAUCGACCAGCUUUCCACGGAGGUGUUGUUGUUAAGAUUAAUGUUAAUCAAAAAUAUGCGACAACUUCUUCAACUCAUGCAACUUUGAAGCAAAUUGCUUUUGAAGCCGAGGUUCCAUUGCAGGUAAAAUUUAUUUGUACCUAUAGGAUGUUUGUCACUUUUUUCAAAGUGUUAUUUUUUCGGUUUCUUUUUUCUUCUUUUUUCUUUUUUGUCCGUUUUUCUAUUCUAUUUUUUUUCUAAAAAUAAUUCUGAAGACUGUUGUGGUCCGAAACGAUUCACCGACUGGAUCUACAGUCGGUCCAAUUCUCUCAACUCGACUUGGUCUUCAAACUAUCGAUGUUGGAUGUCCUCAACUCGCUAUGCAUUCAAUUAGGUAUUUAUAAAAAUUAAUUAUCAUUGUUGAUUGAAUUUUAUCAUUUUAUCCAUUUUUGCAGAGAAUUCGCUGACACUUCGGCGAUUUACAAUGCUGUCAAGUUAUACUCGGUGCGAAGGAUUUUAUUGAAUAUCAUGUGAAUUUUAAAUUGAUUGUUUCAGAACUUCUUCCGACGACUUCCGAAAGCAUUGCAAAGCAAUUGAUGAAUUUUGGAGGAUUGGGAUAAAUUUGGGAUGAAGCUUUAAUAAUGUCUAAUGAAUAUUUUGAAAUGGGUGUUGUAUUUUGAUUGAACAUAAAGGUUAUUUUCAAAUAGUCCCGAAACCAGGAAAUAACCAUGUUCUUAAAUUUUGAAAUUCUCCUUCUGUAGAAAAAUGUUCGUAGAGAUUUGUGCUUAUUGAAUUAGAAUUUAGUUUGCAGAAAACACUGUAACGUCCAAUCUAAUAAUUGUAAAAACCAUUAUUUUUACAGGAUUUCGUUGUUCGCAAUGAUUCUCCAUGUGGUUCAACAGUUGGUCCAAUUCUCUCAACUCGACUUGGUCUUCAAACUAUUGAUGUCGGUUGUCCACAACUUGCUAUGCAUUCUAUUCGGUAAUAUUUUCUUCUUUUUUUGAAAAAAAAUCAUUGAUUCAUCAAAAAUCCAUUUUUUCAGUGAAUUCGCUGACACUUCAUCAAUCUACAAUGCUGUGAAACUCUUCGCGGUAAGAUUUUUUGAAUUUGGGAAAAUGAAAAAACAGCUAAUUUUCAGAAAUUCUACAAUCGCUUGCCAACAAUCUUGUCGUCUUUCCAGUGAAUAUUUUUUAAAUGAGACUUUUUUAAUGUGAUGAUGAAUCCUACUAUUCAAAUAUAACUUAUCAUAAAUCUAUUUCGGUGUAUUCAAAAAUAUAAAUAUUAUAGUCAAUCAGCCAUGAACAAAAUGGUUUACGCGGCAACUUUUUGAACAAAACUUAUUUGGAAUUAUCUAAUAAGGUCAUCUCUAUAAUCCUGUAUUGGUUUUUUACUAUUUGUACAGCUACUUUUUACAAUGACGUGGAAUUUAGGCUAACUCUACAUAUAUUUAAUUUCUUGUUGAAAACUUAUUUUACGUUUUUUUUUCAUUCGCGGUAAAUAGUGAGGGAAAAAACCCAAAAACAAAUAACAGUUUUGGGAAUUUCACACUUUGUUCUAUAAUCCGUAAUUGGUUAUUUCGCAAUUUUUUUUAAUUACCCUCCCUUCUCCACUUUUCACUUUUUUAUUGUUUUCAAAAAAAACAGAAAAAUAUUUUUCGCGCCCUUUGCACCUCACACAGUAUUCUUCACUAUCUAUGUAUCUAUAGCCUUACAAUGGUCAAGGACAACAAAGCCGAGCUACUGGUUUUCUCUGCACUCUCCAAAUCUAUCACUUCACAUCGCUGUGAAGAGGAGCGCCCUCUUUUUUUUUCAUCUCCGCGUCUUUCGCGUUUUUUUGUCUGACCAACCAAUGACACAGAGAAAGAAAAGGCGUCGUGUUAGUCGUGGACAGCCACAAAAACCCGCCGGUUUUUGCUUUUUUUCAAAAAAAACGAGCUUUUAGUGGAAAAUGAGUAAUUCAUUGUUUCAUCUUGUUUAUUUAUUGUUUUAGGUCCAAUUUUGUUUUAUUUUUUAUCUCUUCUCGAAGUUAUUUUCUUUAUUCUUAUCAGUUCUUGCCACAUUUUUCCCUGAAGAAAAUCAAAAAAUAAAAAAUUCCUAAAAAAAUAAAACUAGAGAGUGUGCAAAAGUGAGAGACGCCGAGAAACACGCCAUAGGCACAUGGAUAUUAGUCAUCGUUGGGUCCCGCAGCGCGCGGUGUCCUUCAUCCCGCCAACUUUCAAAUUUAUUUUUUUUUGCUUUCCUUUUUUUUGUCAUUCACUUUGCAGGUGGUUUUUUCAGCUUUCUCUUUUUUUUAGUUCCCCAUUCCCGCAUAUAACGAAGUAAAAAUGAUGUUGUAAAUCAAUAUAAGCUUGUAUAUCCAUUUCCUAGGUCAUAAAAGAGCACUUAAUACAUGUUCUUCUUCCAAUUACCAUCUCAAUUUCAUUCAUUUCGUCUCUAAUCCUCCUUUCACCACCAUCUGCGUUUCGCAAUAUAAUAUCCUCCACUUUUUUCCCAAGCCCAAAUUUCGCAAUCUUUUUUUUGUUGUUGCUGUGCAGCGUCUACUCGCGUUUUUUUUUUCGUUUUUGAAAUUGCUGGUCUCUGUCAAAGAGAGAGCGCGCGCGCGUUCGAAUGAUAUUGAUCCAUUUGUUAGAAGUGCACAUUUUUGUUGGGUGUGUUGAGGAGCGAGAGCGCGUCUUUCCUUUUUCAAAAUGUUUCAUUACAUUUGUGGUUGGGUCGCAGACAAGAGUUUGUUUUUGUUUGAAGAUCAAACAUUACUUCUUAUGUUUUGUGGGAUAGGCUUGACUGAUUUACCCUGUUGCUUCGAAAAAAAGGACAGAACUAUCUAUAGUCGAAAAAGAUCCGGUUCUUAUUUGUGAAAUCAAUAACCCUGUUCCAUUCGUCUUUUUUUACCUAUCGUUUAUUAUUUAUGAACAACCCCACCCUGAACAAUUGCUUUUUCUUCUCUCUUUUCAAAAAAAUCUCUUCUUCAUUGUUUCGUAUCUUACAUUAAUAUGACAAAUGUUUCUUUUGCAGUUUAGCAGUCAAAAUGAGAGAAAUCGUCCACGUUCAAGCCGGACAAUGCGGAAACCAAAUCGGAUCCAAAUUCUGGGAAGUCAUCUCUGACGAACACGGAAUUCAACCAGACGGAACAUUCAAAGGAGAAAGCGAACUCCAAUUGGAACGCAUCGAUGUUUAUUACAAUGAGGCCAAUCAAGGCAAAUAUGUUCCACGUGCAGUUUUGGUUGAUUUAGAGCCAGGAACUAUGGAUUCGGUUCGCGCUGGACCAUUCGGUCAACUUUUCCGUCCAGACAACUUUGUUUUCGGUCAAUCCGGAGCCGGAAACAACUGGGCCAAAGGACACUACACAGAAGGAGCUGAAUUAGUUGAUAAUGUCUUGGAUGUUAUCAGAAAGGAGGCCGAAGGAUGCGAUUGUUUGCAAGGUUUCCAAUUGACUCACUCGCUUGGAGGUGGAACCGGAAGUGGAAUGGGAACCCUUUUGAUCUCAAAAAUCCGUGAAGAAUAUCCAGACAGAAUCAUGAGUUCAUUCUCUGUUGUCCCAUCACCAAAGGUGUCAGACACUGUUGUUGAACCAUACAACGCCACAUUGUCUGUUCAUCAAUUAGUUGAAAACACCGAUGAAACCUAUUGUAUUGACAACGAAGCCCUCUAUGAUAUCUGCUACCGUACCCUCAAAUUGACCAACCCAACCUAUGGUGAUUUGAACCAUUUGGUUUCAUUGACAAUGUCCGGAGUCACCACAUGUCUCCGUUUCCCAGGACAAUUGAAUGCCGAUCUUCGCAAAUUGGCUGUCAACAUGGUUCCAUUCCCACGUCUUCAUUUCUUCAUGCCAGGAUUCGCCCCACUUUCCGCCAAGGGAACUCAAGCUUAUCGCGCAUUGACUGUCGCCGAAUUGACCCAACAAAUGUUCGACGCCAAGAACAUGAUGGCCGCUUGCGAUCCAAGACACGGAAGAUAUUUGACUGUUGCUGCCAUGUUCAGAGGAAGAAUGUCGAUGAGAGUAAGUUUAAGAAUUAGGGGGCAAAAACAAAAUAAUUUGAUUUCUCUUCCAGGAAGUCGACGAACAAAUGUUGAACGUCCAAAACAAGAACUCAUCAUACUUCGUCGAAUGGAUUCCAAACAACGUCAAGACCGCCGUCUGUGACAUUCCACCAAGAGGAUUGAAAAUGGCCGCCACUUUCGUCGGAAACUCGACCGCCAUUCAAGAGCUCUUCAAACGUAUCUCUGAACAAUUCACCGGUACGUUUUGACUUUCAGAAACUUGGUAGCCGGCUAGAAACUUGAAAAUACUUUAACAGCUUCAAAAAUUACUCUGAAAGCCCAGAAUUCUAGAAAUCGGCAAGUUCGGUCCAACUACGUGGUUAAAAGCCAAGCUCAAAAAAAAUUAUCAUUGAAAAUUCCUUUUUUUUUAAAUCUGAUGUGAACUUUUGUGAAAAUUUUAUUUUCUAGAAACAUUUUUCCAAAUCAUUAUUAGAUAUUUUUGAAUCGUAUUUUGCUUAUAAUUUUAAGUAUCCAUUAUUAGAUAUUAGAUCAGAAUAAGUCUAGUUUUAAUUUUAGAAAUGAUAUAUAAUUUCACCUACCGUUACUGAUGUCACAGUUUUAAUGCAGUUGGUUGGCACGUUUUUAGAAAUGAGAAAUAAAUAGAUCAUUAAAUAGAAUUGAAAAUUAUGAGGCCGACACGCAAUGCUUAUUAUUUUCUACUGCAAUCAUCUAUUUCUCAUUUCUAUAAAACUCACAGAGUCAUUUUAAAGCUGUUUCUGAAAAAUUUCUUCCAAUCCACUCCCAAAUCAUCCCAAAAUAUUUAAUUUUUGCAGCAAUGUUCCGCCGUAAAGCUUUCUUGCAUUGGUACACUGGUGAAGGUAUGGAUGAGAUGGAAUUCACUGAAGCCGAAUCCAACAUGAACGAUUUGAUCUCCGAAUAUCAACAAUAUCAAGAAGCUACAGCUGAAGACGACGGAGAAGGAUAUGUUGAUGGAGAAGGAGAAUCAUAUGAGGCUGAACAAUAA